CCGUUAGCAGUUAGCCGUUAGCCGUUAGCGUGGUGGAGUGUGGACAGAGUCAGACAGCAGGGAGGAGGAGGUCGCUGCUGUACUUUGUUUUUUUGUGACUAAACUCAGAGAAAAGUGUCGGGUGGAGCAGCUGACGGUGUGUCGGUGACCCGCUGACGGACAACAGACUCUCCGGUACCGGCUUAUUGAUAUUAAAGUGUCGAUCGCGGCGGAAAACAACAACAUUUAGCUAACAGUUAGCUUCAGGAGCUAGUCGGCUAACUUUAGCUGGCUAACGAGGUCCAGCCCAGAAGUUGUUUAGCAGUGGAUGCGGUCUCCUCCUGAGCUCCUCACCAACUUUCUGCGGGACAGGAGGACAAGGACCAAAGAGUCACACUGGAUUUAACACCGAGCGCUGGUAGGAAACUAGCAGGAUGUCCACUGAGGUCGGCUCGGGUCUGACAGCGGCCAGCUCCGGAGCUGCGGAGGACCAGAACCAAAACAAGUCCGAGGAGACUCGACAUGAGGAGGGGGACAUGAAGCCCCAGAGAGGGGACCCGGGGGACAGUCGAGGCUCGGAGGCGGACACACACAACAAGUGCGAAGAAAACGAUAAAGAAAACGAUGAGAGCGGCGGCGGCAGCGCGGCGGAGCCGACAGGUGAGGCGGUGAAGAGGAAAGUUGUUGAAGCUCCUCCACCCAAAGUCAACCCGUGGACCAAGAGGACCACAGGACGGGUCCCGAGCAGCAGCAGUGUGGGCUCCAGCUCUCAGGACAAAGAUCAACACAACACUCUGAAAGUCGUCCGAGCCAGCAAACCCAGAGCCAGAAAAUCCAGCAAGGUAAAUAUCCUCUGCUUCUUUGGUUAUUGGUAUCUUUUUUAAAGCUUCCAACAUUUCUCUGCUCAAAAAGUCACAAACAUGAAGUGUUGUAACUUUAAUUAACUACUACAACUAAUGAACCCUUCACACGUCUCCUUUUUGUCUCUGAUGUUUAAUCUGUAUAAAGUGUUGUGUGUCGAAAUCAGAUUCCAACGUUUCUCUGUUAGAGAAGUCACA